AUUGAUGUUCUUGAGGACCCUGCCAUCAGGAAUGUAAUUGUGCUACAGACAGUUCUCCAAGAAGUGAGAAAUAGGAGUGCUCCAGUAUAUAAACGAAUCCGAGAUGUGACUAAUAACCAGGAGAAGCAUUUUUAUACCUUCACUAAUGAGCACCAUAGGUAGGGGGAAAUUAUGCUAAAUAUCAGAAACUACAGGAUUAAAUAUUCUCUUCCAGGGAAUAAUUUGUGACAUUGUUAUAAGUGAUAGGCUACAUACUUAUUAAGCUGUGCGGAACAUAAUGCUAAGUGAAGGGACCUCAGUGAGGUCACCUAGUCAUUGAAGGGGUCAAGGCUAGAACAUAGGUUUGCUGGCCGUAGGCUGCAGGUACUUUUUUUCCCAAAAUAUUUCCAUUUUGAAUUGGUUUUAGCAUGAGUUGAGCAAUAGAAUUUUGGAAGAUGAGAUAUGCCUGGGUUCUUGGGAAUACCAUCUUAUAUGAACAAACAACAUAGAAUAAUAGGAAUGUGUGAGAGAGAGGUUCAAAAGUAUAAAGAAAAUUUAUUCUUAAUGGGCUUUUGAAAGUUAAACUAAUACCUCAUAACUGAUCACAAUGAAGAAGACGAGAUUAAGUAGAAUUCCUUUUGUUUCAUGUGCAUGACCUUUGUUUGAACUUCAUGUUUAUUCUUAGAAAAUAAGAUACUGCUUAUUUAGUAUGUUACAUGUAUAAUCUAUGGUGCGCCCUAGUAUACUUUUGUUCGUGUAGAUCAGGGUUCCACAGCUUGGGCACUAUUGACAUUUGGACUGGAUAUUUCUUUGUUGUGGGAGGGCUGCCUUAUACAUUGUAAGAUAUUUAGUAGUGUCCCUAGCCUCUACCCACGAGGUAUCAGUUGUGCCCUCCUCCUGUUAGCAACUUGUUACAACCAAAAAUUUGUCCAGACAUUGUCAAAUGUCCCCGUGUGUGUGUGUGUGUGUGUGUGUGUGUGUGGCGGGGGGAAUGACAAAAUCAUUCCCUGAUGGAGAACUAAUGGAUUAUACUGCAGAAUUCUGGUGGUGAAAUCCCACUGGAGUCAAAGUUUUAAAAAUAUUUAGUUAAUUUUCUCUAUUCUUACAUCCCAAACUUAAUUACUGUUCUUGUAAAGAACAUUGGUAAAGCACUUGUAGACUUCUCAUUCAUAGCACUUCCUUGAAAUUCAGAAACAUAAACUUCACUUGUUUUUCAGUGCAGAAAGACCCAAGUAUUAAUGGAGCAUGAUAAUCAGCUUCCUAAUCAGGAAUUGAGGGAGAUGGAGGAAUCUUAGAACCUUUAGACAAAUCUUGUCUUCCAAGAGUCUAUUGCUCAAGUCUUGCUAAAACCAAUUCAAAAUCUUAUGAGUGUCUUUGAAUGAUAGGCUUAGAGCAUUAGCAGGUGCAUUUAAAGGUAAGAAUAAAAUAAUUCUAAAGACUAUAAACAUAAAUAACUCUAAAAUACUAAAAAUUUAGUCACAAGAAGUUAUUAUACAGAAUCUUGUUGUCGUACUUAAAUCUGGCUUCAAAGAACAGAUUUAAAGGAAUAGAUAAGUUUUCUGACCUCUUUGGGAGUUCAGAAUACCAAUAUUUGCUCCUUAGUCUUUAGUUAGCCCCUGCCAUUUAUUAUUUACCAUGGAUGAUUUACAUGCUUUAUUUAUUUAAUGACUGUAGAAUCAUAUGACCAUUAUCAUCUAAUACUGUUUGUAGCUUUUAGGAAUUGCUGUUAAUCUAUAGUUACAAUGAAUUUUCAUUAUCAGACCUGCAAAGUUUUAUUAUAAUUUCUAUCAACUAUUAACUUGAUGGCCCAACCUAAGGUGUAAAUUCUGAUCUUGAAUUUUUCUUCCUGUGAAAUAAAAUUGUAUUCGCAUUCAUUUUUUUGUUUCGCUUAACAUGAUUUUCUUCUUUUCCAAGCAAAUAUAGGGUUUUAAAAGCAUAACUAUAAGGAUCCUGUUUAUUUUCUCUCUGAGGUAUAAUCCUGAAUACAUUCAAGAGCAACAUACCAUGAGAAACAUAUGUAGAACAAGAACAGGGAGAAAAUUCUAAUGACAGGAAUGAUAGAGCCAUCCGAGUAGCGGCAAAAUGGUAUAAUGAACAUUUGAAUAAAAUGUCAGCAGAGAAUCAGCUGCAAGUUAUUUUCAUAACAAAUGACAGGAAAAACAAAGACAAAGCCAUAGAAGAAGGGAUACCAGCUUUCACUUGUGAAGAAUAUGUAAAGAGCCUAACUGCUAACCCUGAACUUGUAGAUCGUCUUGCUUGUUUGUCUGAAGAAGGGAAUGAAAUAGAAAGUGGAAAAAUAAUAUUUUCAGAGCAUCUUCCUUUAAGUAAGCUACAACAAGGCAUAAAAUCUGGUACAUACCUUCAGGGAACAUUUAGAGCCAGUAGGGAAAAUUACUUAGAAGCUACAGUAUGGAUUCAUGGAGACAAUGAAGAAAAUAAAGAGAUAAUUGUACAAGGACUUAAAAAUUUAAACCGAGCUAUCCAUGAAGAUAUUGUGGCUGUGGAACUUUUCCCCAAGAGUCAGUGGGUAGCACCGUCUUCUGUGGUUUUGCAUGAUGAAGGUCAAAAUGAAGACGAUGUGGAGGAAGAAGAAGAGAAAGAAUGCAUUCUGAAGACUGUUGUAAAUGAAAAAAUGUUAAAGCCUACUGGUAGAGUUGUAGGAAUAAUAAAAAGGAAUUGGCGACCAUAUUGUGGCAUGCUUUCUAAGUCGGAUAUUAAGGAGUCAAGAAGACAUCUCUUUACACCUGCUGAUAAGAGAAUUCCUCGAAUUCGGAUAGAAACCAGGCAGGCUUCCACAUUAGAAGGACGAAGAAUUAUUGUUGCUAUUGAUGGUUGGCCCAGAAAUUCCAGAUACCCAAAUGGACACUUUGUAAAAAAUUUAGGUGAUGUUGGAGAUAAAGAGACUGAAACAGAAGUUUUGCUGCUUGAACACGAUGUUCCCUAUCAGCCUUUUUCACAAGCUGUUCUUAGUUUUCUGCCUAAGAUGCCCUGGAGCAUUACUGAACAGGACAUGAAAAACCGAGAAGACUUGAGGCAUCUGUGUAUUUGUAGUGUUGACCCACCAGGGUGUACUGAUAUAGAUGAUGCUCUACAUUGUAGAGAACUUGGAAAUGGAAAUUUGGAGGUUGGUGUUCAUAUUGCUGAUGUUAGCCAUUUCAUUAGGCCAGGAAAUGCUUUAGAUCAAGAAUCAGCCAGAAGAGGAACAACUGUGUAUCUUUGUGAAAAGAGGAUUGACAUGGUUCCAGAGUUGCUUAGCUCUAACUUGUGUUCCUUAAGAUGUGAUGUGGACAGGCUGGCAUUUUCAUGUAUUUGGGAAAUGAAUCACAAUGCUGAAAUCUUAAAAACAAGGUUUACAAAAAGUGCCAUUAAUUCAAAGGCUUCUCUUACAUAUGCUGAAGCUCAGAUGAGAAUUGAUUCCGCAACCAUGAAUGAUGAUAUUACUACUAGUCUCCGUGGACUAAAUAAACUAGCUAAAAUUUUGAAAAAACGAAGAAUUGAAAAAGGGGCCUUGACUCUUUCUUCCCCAGAAGUUCGAUUUCACAUGGACAGUGAAACUCAUGAUCCCAUAGAUCUGCAAACCAAGGAACUUAGAGAAACAAAUUCCAUGGUGGAAGAAUUUAUGUUACUUGCUAAUAUCUCUGUUGCAAAAAAAAUUCAUGGAGAAUUUUCGGAACAUGCCCUGCUUCGGAAACAUCCUGCUCCUCCCCCAUCAAAUUAUGAAAUUCUUGUUAAGGCAGCCAAGUCCAAGAAUUUGGAAAUUAAGACUGAUACAGCAAAGUCUCUGGCUGACUCUUUGGACCAGGCUGAAUCUCCUGCUUUCCCAUAUCUAAAUACUCUGUUAAGAAUAUUAGCCACUCGCUGUAUGAUGCAAGCUGUUUACUUCUGCUCUGGAAUGGAUAAUGAUUUUCAUCACUAUGGUUUAGCAUCACCAAUAUACACACAUUUUACUUCACCCAUCAGAAGAUAUGCAGACAUCAUUGUUCAUAGGUUGUUGGCAGUGGCUAUUGGAGCAGACUGUACUUAUCCAGAGUUGACGGACAAACACAAGCUUGCAGAUUUAUGUAAAAAUCUCAAUUUCCGGCACAAAAUGGCUCAAUAUGCCCAACGUGCGUCAGUGGCAUUUCAUACCCAGUUAUUUUUCAAAAGCAAAGGAAUAAUAAGUGAAGAAGCCUAUAUUCUUUUCGUAAGAAAGAAUGCUAUUGUGGUAUUAAUCCCAAAGUAUGGUUUAGAAGGUACAGUCUUUUUUGAAGAAAAGGACAAACCAAAGCCCCGGCUUACUUAUGAUGACGAGAUGCCUUCACUUAAAAUAGAAGAUACAGUCUUCCAUAUAUUUGAUAAAGUUAAAGUGAAAAUCAUGUUAGACUCAUCUAAUCUUCAGCAUCAGAAAAUCCGAAUGUCCCUGGUAGAACCACAGAUACCAGGAGUAAGCAUUCCUGCUGAUAUUUCAAACAUGGAUAUUAACGAGCCACAAAAAAAGAAGAAGAAGCUUGGAAAAUAAUGGUGUACAACAAGAAACUUAAAAGAUUGGUUUCCAUUUUUUUAAAAAACUUGAGAACACUUCUAAGCCUAAGAAGUGUGUGAUACAGUUUGUUACUUUUAAGUACAUUUUAAUAAUUUUUAAAAUUUGCAUUUUUAUUGAACUGUUGACUGUGUCUGUCCCAUCAUACUACUUCAUUUCUCGAUUGAACAGAACUAUUUAUGCAGAAAAAUUCAAUUGACUAUCCAUCACUUAAAUAGUGACAGGAUAGCAGCUUCAGGGAUCUGUUAAAGAUCAUUUAAAUGAAGCACUCAUCCACUCAUUAAAGAGCAAAUUAAUUUUGCAUAAGUAAUUUGAUUAUUUAAUAUUGGUAGAAAAAAACUUCAUUUUUAUGGUUUCAUGAGAUUGAGGAGAAAAAUAGAACAUUUUUAGAAGCAAGAAACAAUCUCUUUUAUAAAUCUUGAAAGCUGUCAGUGUUUGUUGUAGCAAUUUUUUUACUUCAGGAUGGUGUGGUGGAGUCAAGAUCUGAUAUUUAAUCUCCCUUGCCAUUUUUAAUUUAUGUAACUGAUGUUAAGUGUCUCCUUACUGUGUUAACAAGCUCCUAUAUUUUAUUAUUAGUGGUCCUUGAGCAGCUGGUGAUCACUGGUAAUUAUCAUCCUUGACCUCCAGCUCAAAUAUCUCUCCUCAAAACAAGGCAUUAAGGCUCAAAGAAUAAAUGGCACUUAAAUGUCUAUAUCGUGUUAUUUGUAAAAUACAAAGGUCAUUAAUGACUUUUUUAUUUGCCUGUGUAUAUCAGAUUAUGUAGAAAAGAAGUAAUUUUGUAAGGACGUUAUCAGUCAGGGUUCUUCAGAGAACAGAAGCAAUAAGAGAUAUGUAUGUAGAUUUAUUUUAAGGAAUAGACCCAUGCAAUUGUGGGGACUGGCAAGUUUGAAAUCUGUAGGGCAGGUGGCAGGCUAGAACUCAGGCAGGAAUGUAUUUUUCAGUCUUGAGGCAGAAUUUCUUCUUUAUAGAAUUCUCAGUUCUUUGCUUUUAAAGCCUUUAACAGAUUGGAUGAGGCUUUUCCACACUGUAGAGGGUAAUCUCCUUUAAAGCCAACUGAUUGUAGAUGUUAGCCAAAUCUUCAAAAUAUCUUCAUGACAACAUUUAGAUUAGUGUUUGAUUAAAUAACUUGAUACUAUGACCUAGCCAAGUUGACACAAAAAAUUAACCAUCACAGUCCCUCCCUUGUCCACUUGGCACCCAUUGACAUCUCCUUAAACCAUACUUAAUCUCCAAAUAAAGGUUACACUUCUACCUAACAUGUUAUAACUAUCCUGUAUACAAAUGAAAAGCACCAACUCUUUCCCCAGAGGAGGAUGCAAAGUAUGUGUGAUGUUCACUUUUCUCUUUAAUAUCCUGUAAAUUAAAUACUAUGAUAUAA